AUGAAUGUCACGUGCCUCUUCCCGAAGUGCGAAGAGCAACUACAGCCGCACGACCUCGACGAUCACAUUCGACAUCAUCUUCGCUUGAAAUUAUACAGAUGUUAUUGCGAAAAGCGAUUCUACACUUGGGCUGGUCUUCAGGAGCAUUUGGAAACGAUCGCGGAUGACGAAAUUCACUGUAUCACUAACGAUUGUCCUGGUGAUGUUUACCUCAAGGCACUGGUGAGCCGAAUCAUUGCCGAUUUUAAAAGCGCGGAAAAUGGUGCUCCGAUUCCGGUGAUUGCAUCAAAUCUUCGCCUGAGGGCUCAUGCUGUUGCUUCACGGUCUGCAUCGAUAACUCCUGCAGAAAUUGUUGGCGAAAAACGCCCAGGAUUAGAAACACAGGAAGAAGUCGCUCCUCGAAAAGUCUAUUGUUCAAUGCAAAUGCCCGCGGAAAAUUCGGCUGACGAUUUGGCUAUCUUUGUGCCGGCUCGGUCUGCGAGUAGAAGUCCUAUUCGGCCUGUGGCUCUCCGACCUGUUGGAAAAUCUUCAGAAAGAAAACGAAAUUUUUCUAAUUCCACUCAAAGAAAAGAUAACCAAACACCGUCAAGGACAGCUUGUCGAACGCCAGUGUCUACGGCGCCAUUGAACGUGUCUGAGCAAACUAAUACCAUAAGUUCUCCUCAAUCAAGCAAGCGAAGGGAUCACACGUUGGCAAGCCGAGAACAAUCUCUAGCUUCUACAACGCGAUCAGUGCGAUUGAAAACUCCAAUCAAAAAUGUUGCAAAACUCCACAAAAAGCCAACAAGCCCUAAUAAGUCAGUAGUGCCUCCAAUUACAAUUACAAUUCCAUCAGAAACAAAUGAGGGCAGAACAUUACAUGAGGCAAUUACGGAUGUCUUAAACAUGCCAACGCUACCAAAGGAGAAAAUGACUUUGCCACCGGAGUUAGCAAAUCUUGGAAAUGUCACUUGCCAGAAAUGCCCAAAGCUGUCCUUUACAGUUGAUUUUAGUGAAAGACGAACUCAUGUAGCAAACACACACGUUUCGGCUAAUCAAGGAAAUUGGCGGUAUACUGGAGAUUACAGAAAGGAGCUCGCUUAUCAAAUGCGAGAAUGUUUUUCCGAUUUAGCUAGUGAAGAUGACCUUUGUGUGGUUUGUUACGAUACAGCCGUAAAGCCAACAAGAUAUACGAGUGAAACUGGUCGUAUGGGUCAUGUUCGAGCUUGUCAUCUUCCCGCCGACAAAUUUCUACCAUGUCCAUUUGCUUUUGAAUCUAAUAGUUGCAGGAUGCAUCGAUUCAAAACUACCGAGGACGUUAACAGUCAUUGCCAGCUAGUUCAUCUCAUUGAGGGAUAUUCGACCUUGAAAGAUACGAAGAAGCCCGUCUACGAACAAUUUCUCCAUUUCAAACGAAUCUACAAUUUAUUCUGUUCGGAGUUGAAAGGCCUUUAUUUUCCGGUGCCGGUCAACUCGAGUGCAGUCACUGCCUCAAACAGUCCACUCAGAAAUGAAGCAGCAAAUGAUAACGGCCAGGUUGUGGCUCAUACGGAUCCUAACGUUCAACAAGAGGCUCAAAGCACCGAUGUUCAACCUAUAAAACAAGAGAAUAUGGUUGAAUUGCAAAGGGAAGUUUCGGAAACACCGCCAACUACAAGUAGAACUUUCCCUUUGAAAUCCGGGACCUGGACUCCCAUGCCAACUCGUCCAUAUUCGGCCUUAUCAAGGAUGACUGGCCGCAGGUCUUUCCCGAGUCCUUCAAGUGGAGGAUUGCGUAACCCUUUUGCGACGGCGCAAAGGAGAGGUCGUGGACGACAACAGCAAAUUCAGCCAAAUCACGACUGGCACUUCAGGGGAAACAAGUUC